AUGUCAGGAAUAGCUGAUCUGAGCAUUCCUCUCAUCAAGAAGGAGAAGAUGAGGAGAAAUGUUCUUCUGGUCUCCAUUCUGACAAUGGCUGUGAUUGGGCUUCUUUUGAUGUCCUCGCACGUAAACAAGAAUGCUUUGCUGGGAUUCAAUCAACCUUUCGACUCCGACGUGCCCGUACAAUGGGACUCAAGUGCAUCAAGUGAUCUGCAAGGAAUCAGCAGAUACUUCAGCUCUCCUGGUUCUCAUUUGAGGAACAGAGCACCGACUGCACACCCAUCACUCAAGGCUCGAACUACCAUCCUUGCCGACGUGCCAGCGCACGAGUGGUCUAAGCAUCAUUAUCGUGAUGUUGCUGCUUCCAAGAUGGACCAGCAGACUGUGAACGGGAUCUGGUACGACAAGGAUGAAGCAUGGAAGGGCAUUGAUGAGGUGCUCCCUACCGAUACUCCGUACUCCUAUCAACUCGCGCACGUCGGCAAGGGCGAGGAGUCGAAGAUGGAGGCCUUUCUUUCGCAUGCAUACAAGCAACUGAGCAGUCUCAAGAAAGCUCUUCGUCAAGUCAAGGGCGAGAAGUCAGCGGAUGACAAAGAGCUUGAAGGAAUCCUCUCUCAAGGAGAGUCUGCGCUGAAGAAAAUUGAAAAACACGUCUGGGCUGACACAGCAAAUGCAGAGUACAGGAAGCAAGUGAAUGACAAGAUGCACAUGAGGGCAACAUCGAAGACGAUGCUGAGAUCCAUGAAUCUACCACAAAACCAUGCAUCCUCAAAGCAUUAUGAAUCCGCUGAAAAGGCAGCAAACGAUUUGAACAAAUACUUUGACAAGUUGGACAAGAAGACAGAAAUGGAAAACAAACAAAACGCCCGGCGAGCCGAUGAGGACAACUCCAUGUCGCUUGGCGACAUCAAAAAUAAUCCUGGACAAAUUCUGCAUGCUGCUCAAAGGCGCCAGUUCGAUCUUUCCGAAGUCCGACCAUUGGCCGAAGUGUUUGUGAAGAUUAUGGCGAGAGCGAUCAAGGCCGACAAGGCUCAAAGCCUUGAGAUCAAACCCCCGUCAGAGGAGAGAACACAGAGCUGCCAGCUCUGCGUCAAGAUCAUGGGAUGCGAGGACUGCUGUGAGAUCAUAUGCCUGGGAGUCGACGAUGAAAACAAGAAAGAAGAACCGAGCUCUACAAAGGCGCCAUCUCCUUCUAUCCUGAGGUCGGUGGUGAACAAGUUGGCUCGCGUCCCCUGCGAGUGUCAAAGUGCGGAGUGCAAGGAGUGUCCGCAGCACGAUCAAAUCCGCAAGCCAUGGUCUUCCCUUACUGCCUCCGACAGGGAGCUGUCCGAAGUCGUAGAGAAGAACGAAGAGAUCAAGAAAGCGUCAGAGGCGGGUCUUGGAGCCUAUGUGCCUGAGGAGUCGGACGACGCGUGGGUUGCGCGGGAGCCGUUCCCUGGAAAGAGCGAGCAAGUCGCCUCAGGGUUCUCCGAUGGCGUUCAGGACUUGCAGAAGCAACUGUUGGGUGCGCGCAGAAAAAUCCAGAGGCUGAGGCAGGAGCUGAAGAAUUCCGACGCCGCUGCCUAUCAUGGCGCUGAGGUCGCAGCUGAGAUGAGGUACAAGCUCGACCAGGCCACAAAAGCUGCUUCGUCGCUCCUCCGUUCCAAGGAUCAGACAGAUGAGAGUGCGCUUCCCUUCUAUGAGCAGCGGGCGUAUGGGGGCAAACAGACAGAAGCUGAUGUCAGGAGGUACGAGCGAGAUGUGCGAAGGGGAACAGCUUUGCCGUACGGUGAGACUGUCGGGAGACUCUACUAG